AUGGAAUACGUGGGAACCACCGCUGCCGCCACGACAACUUCCGCUCCUCCACAACAAGUCAUUACCAGUCCUUGUGCUGCAUGCAAAAUCCUACGGCGAAGAUGCAUUGAAAAAUGUGUGUUAGCGCCUUAUUUUCCGCCGGGUGAACCAAUGAAGUUCGCCAUGGCUCACAGAGUAUUUGGGGCUAGCAACAUCAUCAAGUUAUUGCAGGGAGUUCCUGAAAAUCAAAGAGCAGAUGCUGUUGACAGCAUGGUUUAUGAAGCCAAUGCAAGAUUGAGAGAUCCAGUUUACGGCUGUACCGGCGUCAUUUGUCAACUUCAGAAGCAAGUGAUUGAGCUCGAAACAGAGUUGGCAAAGGCUCAAGCACAAAUCUCGAAUAUGAAAUCCUAUGAAAUUGCCGAUUUUGCAGAAUUCAUUCCAGGAGAAAUGUUGCAGUAUCACGAAACCCUAAUCCCACAGCAGCCGUAUGAUGAUACUAAUUGGGAACCCCGCUGGAUCUGAACAAAUAAAGAUAAUACUAAAAUGGAAUAUUUUUAAGUAAUUGUACCGAAA